CAGCCUCCUCCGAUCUCACGACCACCACCAACCCACGCAACCUACGCUAGGGUUGAGCCCGCGGCGGCGAACGGCUAUCUCGCCACGGCGGUGGUGUCCAGGAUCGCGGAGGCGCAGCACCUGCCCUAUGCGUACGGCGCGCCGCCGCGUGUUGGAGAACUUGGGGGUGGAUCGUGCCCUCACUCGCCAUCCUCUUUCGUGGUGAUAAGCGGCUCGGAGUUGGAAUCCCCCGGAAGGAUCAUGGGCGGAUUCCAAUUCCUUGAGGCGCCCUCCGACCGCUCCGACUCAAGCGUGUCCUCGCUUGUUCCAACAUCGCCUGCGCCUGCUCGGUUAAUGGCUCGUGACACAACAAAAUCACGUGAACCUCGGGUCAAUCCACAAGUUCGUCUUGCACAGGCCAAAAGGUUUGCAGAGGGUGCCUUGGAGCACUACAACAGAAGGAAGAAGGACAAGUUUGAGCUCGUGGAUGCCGUGCCUUGUAUUGGUAUACCUGAGCCACACUGUAUUUACACCCACAUCAACUUCACUGCCAGGUCCAGCAAGAAGGGUUCGCAGGAACUACUUUUCUUCGCAGAGCUUUACCACUGUCAGAGAAGGCAGGAAGUCUUCACCGCAAGGUUGAGCAAGAAAGGUUCACGGGGAGAACCUUCCAACGCUGGCAGAAGUCUGGUUCAGAGAGGCUUCGUUGUGACUUGUUGUGAGCCAUUGGGUCCCGAUUCUAUGGUUGGGCGUAAGCUUCUCGAGCGUGAUGAUACUAAGGUGGUGAGGAAGAACACCGAUUUCACCUACUGCUACGGCUGUCCGCAGAUGAUAUCCCAUCCCAAGGGUGAAAUGUAUAUCGCUGGACACUGUAACAUUCCGCACGUUUAUGAGGGUGUGCGUUAGUAUCGCUGCAAUGCUAAUAUGCUCGAGGACUAAUCACUGCAACACUAUCUGUGCCACUCAAUUAUAAGUAGACCAUCUUCGAGUGCUAAAGUCUCGUGGAGUCAGGAGAGAGUUGGACUACAAGAAGGGGAACAUUACUGCCAAACGAUUCAAGAUAUCACGAUUUUAUGAAUUUUGCAAUGUGAACCAAAUCAAUGAUGAUGGCGUUCCGUGUGGCUUGGAUCAACAUAAUGUCAAAGGAACAAUAAACAACUUUCUAAGCAAAACAAUGAUGAUUGCCUCAUUUCCGGUAAGCUACAACUGCUAUGAUUUUGAAGAUAGAUUUGAACACGUCUACCAGUAUGAUAUAAAUGAUCCAGUAUGUGAAAAUGAUGGAACAGAUCGGAUCAUUACACAAGCUGCUGUCAUUUACUGGCUUCGGGUUUGAGGAAAAUACUCCUUAUUGUUACUUUUUAGAUUGUAACGGUGAAAGGUUUGGUAAGAAGAGAUAUGGCAGAAUAUCACCUAGCAGCAUAAUUAGACUCUUAUGGUUUUGACGUUGUUGUUGAUUAGGUGUACUACUUAUGAAGAUUCAACGUAUUUUGCCAACUAUGUAAAUAAAUGUGUAUUUUGCCAACUAAAUCUGUGUAAAUAAAUAAAUAUGGGAUGAAUAUGAACACUUCAGUUGACGGUCUA